AUGAAGUCAGUGAUGGAGGGAGACUCUGUCACUUUACACACUGAUAGUGAAAUGGAGAAUGAUAAUGAUCUGAUUCAGUGGCAGUUUGGAAACUACUUAAUUGCUGAACUCAAUAAAACAGUCAACAGCAUCAUUGUAAAUGACGAUGUUCUUGAUGGGAGAUUCAGAGGCAGACUGCAGGUGGAUCCUCAGACUGGAUCUCUGACCAUCACAAACACCAGAACUGAACACACUGGAUUUUAUCCAAUGCAGACCAACCAUAUGACGAAAGUUUUCAUUCUCAGUGUCUAUUCUCCUCUGCCUGUUCCUGUCAUCUUCUGUUACUGUCCUCAAACUUCAUCAUCAACAGUGUCCAGACAUGUGCUGCUGUGUUCAGUUUUGAAUGUGAGUCAAGCGACGCUCUCCUGGUAUAAAGGAAACAGUUUAUUCUCCAGCACCAGUGUGUCUGAUUUCAGCAUCAGUCUCUCUCUGCCUCUGGAGGUGGAAUAUCAGGAUGAAAACACCUACAGCUGUGUGCUGAACAAUUCAUUCACUGAACAGACUCAACAUCUGGACAUUAGUCAACUCUGUUACAAAUGUUCAGACUCUUUCCGUGGUUGUGAUACUGUUGAAGCUGUGAUCCGAUUGGUUGUCACUGCUCUGAUGGGCAUGGCUGCUGCAGCUGCAAUUGUUGUGCUGGUUUACGACAUAAGAUCCAGGAGAGCUGAACAGGAUUGAGCAUUCUUCUUUUUUUUUUAAUCAUUAAUGGUUAUUCAUUUUUGGCUUUAUACAGAAGGGUAUUCCAGAAAGUAAGGUUAACUUACCUUCACAUAUACCCUGAACUCUCGGUUGAUGAACCCAAAACAUGCUUACUUGAGGUAUGCUAGUUCCAAAAAAGCAUAAGACAUUCUCAACAGAGCCACGAAUCGAUGAUUCACCAUGGAAACAGACGCUAACUUCUACUUCCUUCUUCUUUUGUUUAAUGGCGAUUUACAUAACCUGCUUAGUAACCUA